UUAAGUCUCGCGAGGUUUGUCGGCAGCCAUCUUCUUGGGGGUGCUGGGAGCCGGGAGACCCCCUGAAUCGUUCCCAUUGAGCUGCCCUUCGUGUUCAUUUUCUUCACUUUUGCUUCCUCUGCGUUGCCAACAAGCACCUAGAUCUGAAGCUGAGAGAAAUCUGGGGUCUAAACGUGUUUCGCGCUCCUGGUUCGGGAAGAUUCGCUGGGGAGUCGGGAAGGGGGAGGGCCCAGGCUAACCGUUGCUGCCAGAGCCUGGGCCGGGGUCUGGGGAGGGGGAAGCUGCUGGCAUCCCGUGGACUCGUGGCCUGCGGUGGACCCCGCGGAGCUUUUCGUGUGCCGGAGCCCGCGGGAACCUGCCACCGGUGCCUCCCACCGCGGCCCACGCGGGCGGCGCGCGGAGAGGGGGCGGGGGCAGCGGCGGCCGUAGCGGCCGCGACCUGGGCGGUCGGAGUGUGACGGGCCUCAGGGCCGCGGUGCAUGGUGUCUAAAAUGAUCAUUGAAAACUUCGAGGCACUCAAGUCCUGGCUCAGCAAGACUCUCGAGCCCAUUUGUGAUGCAGAUCCAUCAGCCCUAGCAAAAUAUGUUCUGGCUUUGGUAAAGAAAGACAAAAGUGAAAAAGAGUUAAAGGCAUUAUGUAUUGAUCAGCUGGAUGUAUUUCUUCAGAAAGAGACACAGAUAUUUGUGGAAAAACUUUUUGAUGCUGUGAAUACAAAGAGUUAUCUACCUCCUCCAGAGCAGCCAUCAUCAGGAAGCCUGAAGGUAGAAUUUUUUCAGCACCAAGAAAAAGAUAUAAAAAAAGAAGAGAUCACUAAGGAAGAAGAGCGAGAGAAGAAAUUCUCUAGAAGACUAAAUCAUAGUCCUCCUCAGUCAAGCUCCCGAUACAGAGAAAAUAGAAGUCGUGAUGAAAGGAAAAAAGACGAUCGUUCUCGCAAAAGAGAUUAUGAUCGAAACCCUCCCCGAAGAGAUUCGUACAGAGACCGUUACAAUAGAAGACGAGGGCGAAGUCGCAGUUACAGCAGGAGUCGAAGCCGAAGUUGGAGUAAAGAGAGACUUCGUGACAGGGAUAGAGAUAGAAGCAGGACUAGAAGCAGAAGCAGAACACGAAGCAGGGAAAGGGAUCUGGUAAAACCUAAAUAUGACUUGGAUAGAGCAGAUCCAUUAGAAAAUAAUUAUACUCCAGUCUCUUCAGUACCUAAUAUCUCAUCUGGUCAUUAUCCUGUACCUACUUUGAGCAGUACUAUUACUGUAAUUGCACCUACACAUCAUGGUAAUAACACUACUGAAAGUUGGUCUGAAUUUCAUGAAGACCAAGUGGACCAUAACUCUUAUGUAAGACCACCAAUGCCAAAGAAACGGUGUAGAGACUAUGACGAAAAGGGUUUUUGUAUGAGAGGUGACAUGUGCCCUUUUGAUCAUGGAAGUGACCCAGUAGUUGUAGAAGAUGUCAAUCUUCCCGGUAUGCUGCCUUUCCCAGCUCAGCCUCCUGUUGUUGAAGGACCACCUCCUCCUGGACUCCCCCCACCUCCGCCAAUUCUUACACCUCCACCUGUGAAUCUUAGACCCCCAGUGCCACCUCCAGGUCCAUUACCACCCAGUCUCCCACCUGUCACAGAUGAUAUUUCUUAUUCUUUGGUUUUGACAGGACCACCACCUCCCCUUCCUCCUUUGCAGCCAUCUGGCAUGGAUGCUCCCCCGAACUCUGCAACCAGUUCUGUUCCUACUGUUGUAACAACUGGCAUUCAUCACCAGCCUCCUCCUGCUCCACCCUCUCUUUUUACUGCAGUUUUUGUAUUACCAGAUGCAUAUGACACAGAUGGCUACAAUCCUGAAGCACCAAGCAUAACAAACACUUCUAGACCUAUGUAUAGACAUAGAGUACAUGCACAAAGACCUAACUUGAUAGGACUAACAUCAGGGGAUAUGGACUUGCCACCCAGAGAAAAGCCUCCUAAUAAAAGCAGUAUGAGGAUAGUAGUGGAUUCAGAAUCGAGGAAAAGAACAAUAGGUUCUGGGGAGCCUGGAGGUCCUACAAAGAAGACUUGGUUUGAUAAACCAAAUUUUAAUAGGACAAACAGCCCCGGCUUCCAGAAGAAGGUUCAAUUUGGAAAUGAAAAUACUAAACUUGAAUUGAGAAAAGUUCCUCCAGAAUUAAAUAAUAUUAGCAAACUUAAUGAACAUUUUAGUCGAUUUGGAACAUUGGUUAAUUUACAGGUUGCCUAUAAUGGUGAUCCUGAAGGUGCCCUUAUCCAAUUUGCAACAUAUGAAGAAGCAAAGAAAGCAAUAUCAAGUACAGAAGCAGUAUUAAACAAUCGCUUUAUUAAGGUUUAUUGGCACAGAGAAGGGAGCACUCAACAGUUACAGACUACUUCCCCAAAGGUAAUGCAACCUUUAGUCCAGCAGCCCAUUUUGCCUGUUGUGAAGCAGUCUGUCAAAGAGCGAUUGGGUCCAGUACCUUCAAAUACUGUUGAACCGGCAGAAGCCCAGGGUGCUAGUUCAGACCUUCCUCAGAAUGUAACUAAGUUAUCUGUGAAGGACAGGUUGGGUUUUGUAUCAAAGCCAUCUGUUUCAGCAACUGAAAAGGUGUUGUCUACAUCUACUGGCCUAACAAAGACGGUGUAUAAUCCAGCUGCUUUGAAGGCUGCACAAAAAACCUUGCUUGUUUCCUCCCCUGCAGUUGAUAAUAAUGAAGCACAGAAGAAAAAACAGGAGGCACUGAAACUUCAGCAGGAUGUAAGGAAAAGGAAACAAGAAAUUUUAGAAAAGCACAUUGAAACACAGAAGAUGUUAAUUUCAAAACUAGAAAAAAAUAAAACAAUGAAGUCUGAAGAUAAAGCAGAAAUAAUGAAAACUUUAGAAGUUUUGACAAAAAAUAUUACCAAGUUGAAAGAUGAGGUUAAAUCUACUUCUCCUGGACGCUGUCUCCCAAAAAGUAUAAAAACCAAGACUCAGAUGCAGAAAGAAUUACUUGACACAGAACUGGAUUUAUAUAAGAAAAUGCAGGCUGGAGAAGAAGUCACUGAACUUAGGAGAAAGUAUACAGAAUUACAGCUGGAAGCUGCUAAGAGGGGGAUUCUUUCAUCUGGACGGGGUAGAGGAAUUCAUUCAAGAGGUCGAGGUGCUGCUCAUGGUCGAGGGAGAGGGCGAGGCCGAGGGCGAAGUGUGCCUGGUCAUGUUGUGGUGGAUCACCGUCCUAGAGCAUUGGAGAUUUCUGCGUUUACAGAGAGUGAUAGAGAAGAUCUUCUUCCUCAUUUUGCGCAAUAUGGUGAAAUUGAAGAUUAUCAGAUUGAUGAUUCGUCACUUCAUGCGGUAAUUACAUUCAAGACAAGAGCAGAAGCAGAAGCAGCUGCACUUCAUGGAGCUCGUUUCAAAGGGCAGGAUCUAAAACUGGCAUGGAAUAAACCAAUAACUAAUAUUUCAACUGUGGAAACAGAAGAAAUUGAGCCUGAUGAAGAAGAAUUUCAGGAAGAGUCUUUGGUGGAUGAUUCAUUACUUCAAGAUGAUGAUGAAGAAGAAGAGGACAAUGAAUCUCGUUCUUGGAGAAGAUGAUUUGACUGAUCAUUGAUCUACAUAUGCUAGAACUCUACCUGUGUUUCAUUAGUAUUAUCUAAUGUACUUUUACAUAUUUGUAAAACAAUUUUUGGUAAAAUGUGAUGAAGAUGGAUUUCUCAAAUAGACAAAAGAGAAGAAAAAUACCUUCUGAUCCUGUAUUUUGAAAAGAUUGAUGUUUGCAUUUUAUUUCAGUAAACAAUUGCUAAAGACAUCACACUAGAACAUAUGCAAUGUUUUUAUUACGUACUUCUACUGAACAUUACAGAAUUCUUUGGGUUCUUUGUAAUUUAAUGAAUAGGUCUGAAAACUUAUGACCCAACACUUGUUAUAAUUUAGAUUUUGUUUUAGUCCAAAUAAGGAAUGAAUUUGCAUUUAAAAUCUUGAUGAAUGUUUUCAAAAAUGAAUAGCUAACAUAGUACCUAACUGAAGUUUCCAAGUUAUGUAUUCAUAAUAUUACAUAGUAGUAUGCUUAGGCUUUACUAUGUAUUAGCCUUUUUGUUGGACUUGUGUAUGUAUUUUACUACAUGGGUUUUAAUGAUAAUGGUGUAUGACUGCUUUACAUAUGAGCCCUUAUGCAUCUGGAUGUUAAAAAUAAAGUGGAAUGGUCUCUUGAAAAGAAAAGAAAAGAAAAAAAGAAAAAGCAGUGGAAAAAAAAAAAAAAAGACCAAGACAAUGUUCCUUGAUUGAAAAAAAAAAAAAAAAAAAAAGGAAAAAAAGAAAAAAAAAUAAAUACUAAAUAGACCAUUCCAGAUGGUGAUCGGUACCCUUUCCCCCAAUGAUCACAAAAGGAGCUAUAAUCACUAACUUACUCUUAAUAAUGGUUACUGGUAACUUUAUAAUAAUAAUGUACAGUCCAAUGUUUAAAAUUUAUACCACUUCAGUUUGGUUUGAUCCUAUAAAUUUUCAACAGAUGUCUUAAAAUUUAAAAGCAGGCUGAUUAGUUUGGAACCAGACUUCAAGUAGAGCUAACAUUUGGUGAAUAAGAAAACAUCAUAUUACAUUUUGGAUGUAUGAGAGAAAACUUGACCAUUUGAAGAUGUAUGAAUAAAGACAUGUACUAUAGAUACUACUUUAGGAAAACACUGUUUGUAGUCGUGAAAGGUGCCAAAUUGGCAGAGGCUCACGUUUCUUCUCUUUACACCAAACAGCAGAGAGAGACCAUCAUUGCCUGAAUUAGCUUUGUGACUACAAGAGCAAGACCUGUUCCUGUCUGGAGACAACUGUUAAUGAUGAUAUCAUUUUAUCAUUUUAUUUGCUCUUUAUCCAUUUGAGUAGAUGUUUACAUGUGCUAUAAUUAGCAUUUUAUAUUUACACUUCACUAAGCAUAUAACCCACUCCAAAUAUGUCCCCUGCGUGACCUACUAUAAAUGUUUUCUCCCCUUUGUAGCCAUUUGUUUUUUAAAAGCAUCUUAAGAAACAGAUAAUGUCUCUUUUUCCUAAUAAGAGAUACAUGCCGUCUCAGCCAAAUUGAUAAUUGUGUCUGGAAAAUCUGUAAAGCCAUGAUAAUGUGUUUAUUAACAUGAACAAUUUAGAAUGAAGAAAACUAAUUAAAAAGUUAAACCUAAGUUUUUGUUUUAAUUUUUUUUUGGUUUUAGGACCAAGAGUAGCCACUGGUUCUAGAACCAGAGUAGCCACUUAAAAUAAUUUUUAACAGAUGAUGAGAAAAAUGUUUUACACACUAUUACAGCUUGCUUUUUUCUUAUGAAUAUACUUAAUUUAAAUUCAUUGCCAAGGCUACUUACACAAUUUUUUUGGUCUUUAGCUUUUCAUGCCAAGGAGAAUAAUUUUUUUUACUUCAAUAAAUUGUGGUUUGAUUAUAAAUGCUGAAUACUUUAAUUUAUAUAGUUUUUCAUGCUGUAAUCAAGACAUCAAAGACAAUCUUAAAAGCAAGGAGAGAGUGUUAUAAUUCAAACAUUGUUAAAGACUAUGGUUUUCAACUUGUAAAAAAGUGUAUGCACAAAUUAUAAGCAGUAUAGCUUAGAAUUCUAAAAAGUACAACUGAGUCUCAUUUUAAAUAUCCAUUCACUAUCUUUUUUGUAAAGAACAUCAUUGAAAAAUGUUUUCAUAGAUGUAGAGUAUUUCUUCCCAGAUUUUUAGGUGGCAUUUGAUAAGUUAUAUGUUAUAUUCAGUAUAUUAGGAAUAUCCAAGUUACACUGCUUCUGUUUACUUAGAUUUAAAAAAAAAAUUCAUUUUAUCCAGCCAUACUUUUUUUGGUUUUCCCUUUCCCUUCCCCCUUCCCCUUCCCCCUUUUUUCUUUUUCUUUUUCUUUUUCUCUUCUUUUCUUUUCUUUUCUUUUCUUUUCUUUUCUUUUCUUUUCUUUUCUCUUCUCUUCUCUUCUCUUCUCUUCUCUUCUCUUCUCUUCUCUUCUCUUCUCUUGUGCAGAGUUUGCAUUGUGAGUGUCCUUAUUGAACAAUAUAACAAUGUAAUGAAUAUAUCAUUCAUAAUGUAAAUUAUUUGUUUUGAGCUCUAUUGGUUAUACUUUGCAUGUUUAAAAGAAAAUUAUGUAGUUUGAAAAGUAAUAUUUCCUAGUUGGCUAUAAGGCUUUUUUUUUUUUUUUUUUUUUUUUUUUUUUUUAAGAUUUUCUGUAGGUUCACAUUCAUCCACCAGCAGAUAGCUACAGGGAGUUCAUAAAAUUUUCCCCGGAAUAGUUGGGUAGUUUUUAUAUUCAGAGAAAGAGUCUCUGCUCCUACAGUAGUGGUUUAGAUGACAUAUUAGAACCCAAAAAAAUACUUUCUGAAGAUACCAUAUUUGCCAUAAACCAUUUUGAUUGUUAAUAGACGUGGACCAUGUGUGAUCACCUUUAACUUUAUUUUGUCAUCUUGUUUCUUAUACUUUUACAAGCAAAGCGAAACAAAAUUGAACAUGGCGCUGCGAAGCAAAAGUCAGAAUUUCAUUCUUCCUAAUAUAAUUAUGUGUUGAAGAUUGCUACAAGAGCCAAUUAAUUUAUUUAAAUUCUCAUAUAUUGGUAAAUUAAGAUAAGGUUUGCACUCUUAUUCCCUGAAUAAUAUUCUCAUGGAGCUUUGUGUACAUAGGUAACUGUACAGAAUCACUUGUGUAAUUAAAUGAAGGGAUUUACCUCUGCAUGAAUGCAUUAUGGAAGCCUUUUAUAUAUCUUUAUAUUUUUCAAUAUACUUACAUUUUACACUUUUAGCUGCUGUAGUCAUGCUAUAUUUGUUUUUUUAAUAGAGUUUAUAAAAAUUUAUGCUCAAAAUACAGAUUAAUGGAAUAUUUUUGGUCUUGUUUUACAAGAUAAAUAAUACUUUAAAGUGAAACAUACCCCUUAAGUGUCUUAGGAAAAAAGUCAAUGGUGCUACAAAACCUUUCCUUAUCAUUUUUGAACCUGUUGUUUAGACUUUGCUAGGCUUUAAUCUAUGAUUGCUUGUGAUCUAUUCUAAUCUAGUAGCAUAAUUAUAAAAGUGAUCUGUGCUGAGUCAAGCAAAAUGCCCAGCUCAUUAGAAACACCUCUUAAUUUAAGGAACUGAUACAAAAUGACUGUACAUUUAUUUGUGCUCAACUUCCCCCCAAAAGAGAAUAGCUUAUUUUGAUGAGUGGGUUGUAAUUUGACCAGAAUCUAAAAAGUGAUAUGUUCAGCAUGGCUGUUUUCUGAUAUUUUAAAUAGAAGAUUUUCUAGUCUUAAAAUAUUAUACAAUAUUACUCUACCUUAAGUAUCAACAAUCCCAAUAGGAGGCAGAGUAAUUCUUUAAAUAUUUACAGAAUAUUUGAUGACUUACAAAAUACAUAUUAUUACAGUGUACAAGUUUUUCACUGAUGUGUAGAGUUUUUAUUUUGUCUCUUAAGAAUUCUUUUCCAGUACCUUACUGAAUACAGUUAAGUGUCAGCAAAGCAUUCGUAGAUAACUGCUUUUGAUUCUCACAAUCCCAAACUUGUUUUUGACUGACACAGAGCAUAUUGUGUGGCACAAAAUUUUCUGUCAUUGUUUUAAUUACUUUUCUGUAAACUGUUGAACCUAAAGACACCAAAGGUAUCUUGUCUGGAGAUUGGAUUAUUCCAGUGUUUAGCGCCUGUGCCCAUAUGUAUCCCAUUUCAUGAAUGUGUGUUGGUAUGGGGAAAAAAUUCCCUGCUCUAUGCGUGGAGCAAAAGUAAUUGGUUAAGCUGUAGCAGCUUUUUGUUUAUUUUUAAAAGUGAUAAUAAAACUUGAACUGAAAAAGGUAAAACUUGAACUAGAAAACUACUCUUGUAUGCUUACAUGUUUAUGUUUGUCAACAUUUUUAUUAUUUAUAGUUGAAUUAUGUUGCUUUGUUUGUUAAAUAUCCAUAAUGUUUAUUAUUUUUAUAUUUUGAAAAAUUUAAAAUAAAACAAUCUUAAUAAAAAAAA